CACACACACACACACACACACACACACACACACACACACACACGCUCUCUCUAAUUAGAGCUCCAGAUGACAGCGCGGAGCAGCAGCUCCCGACAGGUGACAGAGCUGAAGGUCAGAGGAACACCGAGACCCUCGAGAAGAAACACUUCAAAACUGCAGCGAGGAAGAGGACGAGGAAGAGGACGAGGAAGAGACGCUUUGGACAUGGGUCAGACGACGAAGACGAGUACAGACGGAGAUCGAUGAGAGGAAGGAAGGAAAGGACUCAGGAGACGAGAUGACGCCAGAGAUAAAACUCCAAGAGGAACGGAUCCAAUAACCUUCACCAUGUUAUCGAACCAGAUCUCUAACGUGACUCCGGAUGUCGGGUUGUUGCCGAUCGAGGCUCUAAUCGACCAAUCGAACGCCUCUUCCCUCGCGCCGCCCUCCUGCAGCAUCGAUGAGUCCUACAAGUACGUGUUCCUGCCGGUGUGCUACUCUCUGACCUUCGUGUUCAGCCUCAGCCUGAACUCGGUGGUGUUGUUGCGGUCGUGCGGCACCAGGAGGCGCUGGAACACCUCUCUGAUCUACAUGGUGAACCUGGCCUCCACAGACCUGAUGUACGGCCUCUCGCUGCCCUUCCUGGUGGCCAGCUACAUCCUGAGGGACCGCUGGGUGUUCGGAGACUUCAUGUGUCGCCUCGUACGCUUCCUGUUCUACUUCAACCUGUACUGCUCCAUCUUCUUCCUCACCUGCAUCUCCGUGCACAGGUACCUGGGGAUCUGCCACCCGAUGCGGACCAUCACUCUGGAGAGUAAGCGGGUGGUGAAGGCCACCUGUGCCCUGGUGUGGGUGGUGGUCUUCAUCCUCACCUGCCCCAUCUUCAGGUUCGCUCAGACGGGAUACGUGAGGCGUGGCGGCGGGUCGAUGGAGGACUGGAACAUCACGGGAGAUUCAUCUGAAGACGAGGGCGGAUACACCAACUGCUGGGACGACGCCAUCGACAAAGAGUUCGCCGACUACGUCCCGUACGGCAUCUUCCUCCACCUGCUGGGCUUCUUCCUGCCCUUCCUCAUCAUCGCCUGGUGCUACUCUCAAGUCGUUUUGACCAUUUUCCAGACUCUCCGAUCCCCCCCCGGCUCCACGGAGGGCGGAGAGGACGACCGGGCGACGGAGGGCGAGCGCGAGCGGACGUCCGUCUCCAUCUCCGGAUCGCAGUACUCUCACUACAUCCGGAGGAGGAGGAAGUCCAUCAGAACCAUCAUGACGAUCACCCUGCUGUUCGCUCUGUGCUUCCUGCCGUUCCACGUGACGCGGACGCUGUUCCUGCUGCUGCGGCGGCGCGGAGGCUGCACGCUGAUGAAGACCGUCUCCAUCUGCUACAAGGUGACGCGGCCGUUAGCUUCCUGCAACGCCUGGCUCAACGCGCUGCUCUACUUCCUGACGGGGGAUAACAGCGCCCCCUGCUGCUGGCCGGCGGAGCGAGCGGAGCGCCGGGAUCAUCGGGGCGGCGCCACCUGGUGGCCGCUGAAGAUCCUGAAGAAAGAGGGCGAGGCGGGGGGGGAGGAGGACGUGGAGGCAGGGGAGAAAGUGGAGCGAGUCGUCGCGGAGAACGAGUCCAAGUCCUCCAGAGUAAUUUUCUAGAGACUUAAAACUGUUCGUGACGUAACGGGAAAGACGGGAAUGUUGGGAAUUUUCUUUUUUGUAAUGCUUGUGCUCCGAAAAUUGACACAUUUUAACGAAUUCCCUCCUAUCACUAAAUGACUGCAUAAUACAAGAUGGUUGGAAAGGAAAGAGAGACUUAGAGCAGAGUGGAUAAGGAAUGUGAGUCGGAAAGAAUAGACAUGUAUAUUCAAAUCAAUUAAAUGACAAUAUCAUAUAAAACCACAAGAUACUGAGUUUAUGGAUUAUAUAUGAGAACUGAGAAAACUAAUGAUUAUACUUAUCAAAACAUGUUUUAGCACUGCUUUUAGUUGUUUUGUAUGUAGUGUUUUUGUAUGUUUUAUUUAGUAAUUUGUACCUUUGAAUUAGUCAAGAAAUGCCCUCAACGAUGAUCCCACCUUGUAUUCUGGAUCCAAGGUGGUUGGAAAAGAAAGAGAGACUUAGGAACAUGGAGAAUGUUGGGAUUUUCUUUUUUUAUGCUUGUGCUUCGAAAAAGUCCGAAUUUUAAUCCAUGUUUAAAUCAACGAACUCCUUCUUAACACUAAAUGACAGAAUUAUCAUUUUAACAAGUGUUUUUUUAAGUUUUAUUUAGUAAUUUGUACCUUUUGAAUUAGUCAAGAAAUGCCCUCAACGAUGAUCCUAGUAUACAAGGUGGUGGGAAAGCAAAGAGAGACUUUGGAGCAGAGUGGAUAAGAAAUGUGUAGAAUAUAAAUGUAUAUUUAAAAUGAAUAAAAUCCCCCAAGAGAAAUUUGACAAUAUAAUAUAAAACCACAAGAUACUGAGUUUAUUGAUUAUUUAUCAAACUGAGAAAAAUGUAAGGAUUAUACUUCUAUAUCUAGCACUGCUUUUAUUUUUUACUCCCAGAAGAAAUCUAUAUUUUUGAGACACAAAUCAUUAUCAGUUUUUUUUUAAAUGUUCUAUUAAUUAAUUAAGUCUCUGUAGCAAUCAAAGUAAAUGAAACUGUUAAAGGGUUAAAGCCGUCUGACUUUAGACUUUUUAAUAAUUUCUAAGACAGAAUUUGUCAGAUUUAUUUAAGACUUAUUAGGACUUUUAAAGAUUUACUAAGACUUUUAAAGACUUUAAGACUUUCUUUACAAUCAAAUUAAACUGAGAAAAAUGUAAUGAUUAUACUUAUUGAUUCACUAGAUGUUCUAGCACUGCUUUUAGUUUUACCUCCCAGAAUAUAUUUUUGAGACCACAAAUCAUUAUCAGUUUAAAAAAAAAAAUUCAAUCAAUUAAGGCUCUGUAGCAAUCAAAGUAAACUGAAACUGUUAAAGGGUUAAAGCCAUCUGACCUUUGACCCUCUGCCGUGUUAGUCGACCUGACUCAGUGUUACGUGAUAAUAUGUCCGUGUUGUAAGCCCGUCUCUCUCCAUGUGUUUAAACUCAGGUCGUGUUUUCUGUGUGUGUUUUCGUGUUGAAAUGUGUGUAUUAAAGUUGUUGACCUCAGCUCUCUGGUUCAUGGUUAACGUGAAGAUCCG